AUGGGGACAACUAGCUCAACCGCAGAUGAUAUUAAUGCUCUGGAAAUACAUCACUGGUACAGAAAAUUUAUGAAAGAAUGUCCAUCUGGCCAGCUAAGCUUGUACGAGUUUAAAGGAUUACUUGGUCUGCAGGGUAUGAAUCCAGAAGCAAACAGAUACAUUGAGCAAGUAUUUGGUACUUUUGACAUGAACAAGGAUGGAUUUAUUGACUUUUUGGAAUUUAUUGCUGCAAUAAACCUAGUUUUGCGAGGAAAAAUUGAUCAAAAAUUAAAGUGGUAUUUUAAACUAUAUGAUGCAGAUGGAAAUGGAUCAAUUGACAGGAAAGAAUUGCUAAGUAUAAUAACGGCAGUCCAAGCUUUAAAUGGUCACCAGGGAAUAAAUCCUGAGGAAUUCACAGCAAUGGUAUUUCAAAAGAUUGAUGUGAACGGAGACGGAGAGCUGACAUUAGAAGAGUUUAUCGGUGGAAUAGAAAAGGAUGCAGAGCUUCUUGAUAUUAUUUCAAAAAGUUUUGAUCUCACCAAUGUGUUGAAAACUAUUCAGAAUGGACGACGGAGAAGUAUCCCAUAA